AUGGUAUGUGUGACCGAACAGACUCGUGUCAGUGACGAGAGUAUUGAUAUACACUGUGUGGGUUUUCCUGAUCAUCCAGAGGAUCUGAAUCUGCAACUGAUAAUUAAAUCAGGUUGGCUUGAUAAAACUCCCCCUAAUGGAGGCCGGCAGUUUCAGAGGAGGUGGGUGCAGCUGGAUUGGGAGUAUCUGAGAUAUUUUCAGAACAACAAGGAGGUGUACUCUAAGCGCAUGGUGGCCCUGGCUUGUGUGAGCGAGGUAGUGCGUGUGGGUGAGAAGCGUUUUGAGAUCAUAACUCAGGGACGAACUUUUCUCUUCCGUGCACCAAAUAGCAAACAGAGAGAUGACUGGCUGAGCUGUCUAUGGAAGGUUCUAGAUAGUCGACAAGAGAAAAAGUGUGGGAAUGGCUUUUUUAAAACUGCUGUUGUCAGUACUGAGGGCUACCUGGAAAUGACAUCACCACGCAACAAACUCUAUACAGUGGUUAAUAACCACAAGGUGUACCUGUUCAGAAAUCGUGAGGAGUAUUUGCAGGGUAUAGGAAUCACUGACAUUGACAUGUCUAGAGCAAGUGUGAAACAGACCAGCAAAUUUGUCAAAAUUACCACCUCUUACCGGACCUUCAGUUUCAUGGUGGACUCACAAGUGGAGUGGCAGCAUUGGUAUGCUUGUCUGAUGGCAUGUGUGAGCCAGUCAUCAUCAGACAGUGUGUGUGAGAGGGUUUGGAGUUUGGAGACAAAUCGUGCGUGUGCAGACUGUGGUGCUGUAAUGCCAGAGUGGGCCUCAGUCAACCUGUGUGUGCUGCUGUGUGAACAAUGUGCAGGUGUGCACCAGUCUUUAGGACAAUCUGUAUCCAAGGUUUACAAUCUGAAGUCAGAUGAGUGUGUGUGGACUGAUGAUCUCAUUAAGGUUUUCCUUUUAAUAGGCAACAGUAAAGCCAACCAGUUCUGGGCAGUGGAUGUUCCUGCUUGUGAGAGGCUGAGUCAGAAUGCCAGCAGUUCCGAGCGUGUCAAACACAUCACUGCUAAAUACCAAGAUGCCAUGUACUGUAAACGCCACACCCUCUAUGGUCAGCAGAAGGAACUCAACAAUGCACUGUGCACUACAGUACAGACUGAUAAUUUGGUGGAGACUCUCUCUCUGCUGUUCUCUGGUGCAGAAAUCAGAUGUUACACAGGCAUCCCAGAAUUCCCUUCUCCUCUAGCUCUGGCGAAGCACACAGGACAGCCAGCACAGGUGGAGCUACUGCGGCAUCACCUGACCACAGUACCCUCCCCCAAAGAGGCACAAGGUCAACAGCGAAGUCCCCUUGCCAUCAUGGUGGACUCCGGUCUAGUGCAGGCUCUAUCCUUAGGAAUGCAGCAAGGGCGACCCUGUGGAUGGGGCACAGUCGGUCACACGUCUGUUCUCUGUCAUAAUGGAUACCUAUUCAAGGUUGCUUCCUCUGCAAGGCCAAUCACUGACUACAAACCGCAAGCAGAUUUUUCUCAGAGGUGGUGUUGCCUGGGCAACGGACUGUUCAGUUACUAUAAGACUGAGCAGAGCACUAACAGGUGUGGCUGCAUAAAAAUGAGUGACAUCAUCUGCCUGUCCUUCAACAGUCCAGGGAUUCAUGGGUAUGAACAUACCUUUGAGCUGUACACUGAUAGUGGGCGGGUCUAUCUUUUUGGAGCUGAUGACAUCGUUACUAUCAAAGAGUGGAUCAGGGCAUUUGCUAUAGCACUGCUUCCUGCUGUUCUGAGUGAUGUUUGUGGACUCUGUGAUCGUCUGGGCCGCCUACGCUGUGCUGAAGGCAGUUCUGGAAUUGGUUGGUUCUGCCUUAGUGGCUCUAGACUGCAAGUUCUUCUUCAUGAUUCAGUACAGAAUGUUGACCUGCGCAAGCUACUUACACUCACCCUCAGUGACAGUGUGGGGGAUAUGGUGUUUUCGUGGAGAGGUGGAUCUCUACAUGUCAUAGCAGAGAACAAGCCCCAUUUUCCGGGCUGGGUACGGUCCAUCGGACUCUGUGGCGGGGCAGGAGACCAGCCACUCUCCCUGCAGCAGCUCACCGAGUCAGGCAUCCCCAUCGCUGUUGACCGCUGUCUCGACCACAUCACACGUCAUGGUCUCAUGUCCACUGGCAUCUACAGGAAGUGUGGUGUUCAUUCCCAUGUGUCAGCUCUGCUGGAAGAAUUCCUGCGUGAUGCACGGAGUGUUUGUGUUCCCGAAGAUAUUGCAGUAGACAAUGUGACGAACACACUGAAGCGUUUUCUCCGAGAGGUCAGAGAAGGAUUGUUUAAUGGACAGCAAAACUCACAGAACUGGCUUUGUACUGCAGAGUUAACAGAUAACUGUAACAAAACCAGCAGAUACCAGACACUCCUGUCCAGCUUGCCUGAAGUCAACAGAGAGACCUUCAAAGCUCUCUUUAACCACCUCUACUGCGUGCAGAACUUCUCCAACAUAAACCACAUGACGACACGGAAUCUGGGACUCGUGUUCGGGCCGACUCUCUUUCAGACGGAUAAAGCCGACCCCAGGACCUUCAAAGUGGUGGAGGACUUGAUUGGAAGUUACUGUGCCAUCUUUAAUAUCUCAGAUGCAGAGCUUCAGAAGCAGAUGGACAUGACCCUUCUCAUUCUAAACAAGCUCAAAGACCAGGCCUCUCUGACACCUGUCCCCUCCCACACCGUCUGUGCCAUUUACCUGGAGAAGAGGGAGGAGGAUGCAGAACUCCUUGUGCAGGUCGGGAUGAGUACAACAGUAGAGGAAUUGGUCCUGGAGGUUUUAGAGAUGUGUGGAAUCCAGCCAGCAGAUGGAGAGUUUUGGAGGUGUUAUGAGACCAAGGAAGAGAUUGAGCGAGAGCUGCACUACAAGGAAGCAGUGCUGCCAGUCUGUUACUCCCUCAGCCCACAGAGCCACCUGUUGGUCAAGAGAAGCCAUUACACCAGUGACAUCAAUAUGUAUUUGAGUGGUAAAGAGGAAGUGUGCAAGCUGGGAGCACUACGCAUGAGUGAAGUUAAAGGGGGCAAAUGCAAGAGCUUUUCCAACCGCCAUUGUGAGCUGAGUGGCUCCACCUUCAGGCUGUACAAAGAACUGCAGGGCUCUCAGUGUGAGAAGGAAUGGCCAGUACAAGAAAUAAAGGUCUACCAAGGCUAUAUGAGUAAACUCCAGCCACCGACACCGUGGGGCUUAACAGUGUUUCAUGACCAACAGCAGUGGUACUUUUGCUGUGAUUCUGAAGAUGAAUUCAUAGAGUGGAUUGCCACUAUUAUGAGCCUUCAGCAUGGUGGGGACUUGGGCUGAUGGAGGAGGAAGAUGGAUGCUGUUGGAUCCUGUUUUUUUUUGUUUUGCUAUUUUUUACAGGGGGCCUUAACAAACAAACUAGAAAUGUUUGUCAUGUUUUAGAUCUUCCUCAGGUUUCUAUAUAUAAACAUGCAUACUCGCAUUUAUAUUACAUAUUUACGCUUUAUGCACUAACAGAUUAUAUUACACCUUUAUGUUCUAACAGAUUAACUUCUUUGUUUUCAUACAAUGAACACUGUUACCAGAAAAUCAGCAAAUGUAGGUAUUUACCAACUGAAAAAAAAAAUCACAAAUAUGCACAAAUGCUAAACUUUAAAUAACUGCAUAUAUAAUUCUUCACAUACUAGUUUGCACUAACAGUAAUGAAAGCUACACACAUUAAGAUUGUAGUUUGAAAUGGAUUCCUACAGUAUAUGUAUGGAUUUACCAUUUUGAUGCCAGUAAUUGUUCUUAUUCAGAAAACAUUUUGAUAAUGACCUUCCCACACAGUCAUACUCAUUAAACCUUUUUUUUUUUUUGUGUACAUUGUUUUUUGUUUGUUUUUGUUUUCACAAAAAAGGUCAUGAGUGUGGCUGCUGGGUUAUGGAUGGUGACAGAAAAUGUCUGAACUUCACGCAGUCGCUCUGGUUUAUCAGUGAGAGGGAUUGCCCUGCCUAUUGACUCUUACCUGUAUCAUAAUGUAUGUCAGCAGAUAGAUAAAAGCAGUAUGGCUAUAGUGGAAGUGAAUCAUUAACUUUUAAAAAUCUUGUCAAUAAUGUCUGUUGUACUCGGAGGAACUUAGUGGACAAUACAUAAGCCAAAGCAAAUUUAUUUGUAGGCCUACAGCAUACAUUUCACACGCAAAAAAAGAGUGCUUUAUGUUGGCAAGGAUGAAAGCAGACAUAAAAAAAAAAAAUUUAAAUGAGAGCUUUAGAAAAGAAAAAAAGGAAUACAUUGGCAUUCAUUGAUGUCAUAAAAAUGUUAAGGUCAAAACAGAGGUCACGAGUUGGGUGUGACACAACUGAGCACAGUUGCAUGUGUUCUCAGAAGAGCUGUAUUUGUCCCUCGCUGUUGGAACUCAGAUCACCUGCUGUUUUCAUUAGACCUGUUUGCUAUCAUAGUGUUAUCUCAUCUAUUGCUGUUGAUGGGUUUGUCUUACAGGUUAUUCCUAUUUUGGUUCCCUCAAACGCUGUCAUGUCAUCUAGCUUUUGAACAAUACACUGUGCAUUGACCCUGAUUUUGGAUUAAACUUGCAUUUAGAUCCCAUACUCAUUUUUGUCUGUCACUGGGCUGCAUACAUAACCAUACCACAGAUUGAUUGGAAGCACACUCAUAGCAGUUCCUGUAGGGGGACAUGUCUGGUCUGGGGUUCUGUAGCCUGAGUGUGUUCUCCUUAGUUCCAUGGUUUGUGGGGUGGAGAUACCAGCAGGUUAUCCAAAUUGCUUGCACCUGUGAAUGGUAAACAGUAGUCUGUUGAACAGCUUGCA